AUGGCAUCACGCGCCGAGUCCUCAGAUGAUGCGCGCAUCGGCCAGGGUACUUGGAAAGCCAAUAGACGCGAAGCCAAGUGUCUCUUCAAUCUACCGAACGAAGUGUUGGAACAGAUAUUCGACAAUCUAGAGACCAUUGACCGCCCUUCUCUCCUCGAUGUGAGCCGGACAUGCUGGAGGUUCAACCUUGUCGCAACCGACUUCCUGUUUCGCCGGAUCCGCAUUCACCCAGCGAAGAAUGCUGUGACCAUUCUGCGACUGAUUAACGAUCGUCCAAUAUUUGGAAAAUUGGUACGAGCCGCCUCCUUUGUCGGGAAUGACUACCCAGCUCUUGCAGUUCUCCAAGGCCGGCGCAUGCAUCCAAUGAGUCAGGAGGCGGUUAUACCUGAGGCUUUGGGACUUCUGACUGAGCGCAUCUCCCCAUCGGACAAGCAGUGGCUGCUAAAGAGGCGAAUGCCACCUCGCUAUGCCCAUCGCAUACUUCUGCUCUUGUCCCGCCUCGAGAGGGCUUACUUCAUGACAUGGAGAUCCCUCGAAUUGGUCAACCUGGCGAUAAAGGAGUCUCCGGGAACGCUCCUCCCGCAGUUGAAGAGGAUGGUGAUCUGUCAAGGAGAUAUGGAAGGCUAUCCCAGGCCCAAUGGUUUCUUCACAGCUGCACCGAACCUCACGCACCUCGAGAUACGAUUCCGCAUCAGCUUGCCCCUUGACGAUCUGCCGGUACUGCAGCACCUUGAGCACCUAAGCCUCAAUGAAUGUCACAUUACCAAAAAUGACCUACAACGACUUCUCUCGUGUUGUCCAUCACUGAGAAAGUUUGCAUACCGACACUCUUGGCUCUGGCCCCAGGUUGUUCCAGUCACUAUGGACGAGAUGAUGAUUUGUCUCGAGCCACUGAGGGAACAGCUGGUACGCCUCGACCUGGACUUUCAGCAUUGGAGAUCGCAAACUGGACCUCUGCUAACCCUUGGGAUGGAUGUCCCUUGUCUGAGCAUGAUACUCCCUCACAAUUUCCGAGAAUUCACCGCGCUCGAAGAACUUUGCCUGGACUGGCAAGCGCUUACCGCAUGUAGACGCAUCGCCAAGCUCCCAAUGUUCGGCCUCCCUGCAUACUUCUUGGAAGGCAUGCUGCCAGUUCAGCUCAAGGCUUUGGACCUUCACGGCACACUACCGCCGAAGAGACACAGUUCGGACGAGCGUUACAAACCAGAGUUCACUCCUCACGAUGCAGGAGGUCUGGAAAGCAUGUGCCCUCACAUCGAACUGGUCCGAGUGAAUGGUGGCCGCCAAAGGAGUUACGUGUGGGGACAACCGUCGCAGCACGAGCUGCCCCUCAUGUACCACCCUGACCAGUUCAUGGGGGAGGAUGAGGAUUUUGUCAUGAGAGGGAAGGGAUUGUAUGGAGCUCGCAAAGAACAGGACCCCGACUUUCACGGCGAUGCGAAGAUGAAAACGGGUCUGGUCGAGUGGUAUGAGUCAUGGAGGAGGAAAGAACGGGACUGA